GGGCGGCUCCAGCCCUUGCUUUCGGCUCGGGCUGGGGCGGCACGUGGAUGUGCCGGCGGCUGAGCCUCCUCGGCGGGCUGCUCCCCAGUCAGGAUGUCUUCCUCCUCCUCCUCCUCCCGGAGGAAAAGCAAGGGGCGGCUUCCCCCCGAGAGCGCUUCCCCGCUUGCUUCUCAGGGCGACCUCCCGGGGGCUUCUGCGUUGCUGAGUUUGGCUGCUGCAGACUACCUGGAGAAAGCAGAUGACAAAAUUCCUAAAGCGUACAGAAAAUCUCUUGUGCAGCUGGCCCUCAGCAGCAUGAAAUCAGGAAAUAUAUGCAUAGGGCGACCAGUCCUGCUUACUGGUAAAAAUGGAAAACAAGAGGUUUGUACUGCUUGGCCAGUUGCGGGCUUUCCAAGUGGAAAGAUUGGCCUAAGCCAAGCUACAGAGAAAAAUCUGAGAGUGGUAACUGGUGACACAGUCACCGUCCAGCCUGUGACUGGUGCUGUGGUGCUGGCAGAGAAAGUAGAGGUAAAGCUGAGGGAUAAAGAUGCCUGUCUUAAUGCUGAAGAAUUUUCUAAUAGCAUUCUGAGAAGUCUAGAUGGAAAGAUUGUUCUACCAGGCAAUGUCUUACAAGUAACUUUCUAUGGCAGAUGUUGCAACCUGAUGAUAACAAAGGUGAAAGGGACAGAUGGGGUUCUGCUUAAAGUUCAAGGUGGCUCAAUUUUUAAACAGACACAGGACUCAUCAAUGGAGAAUUCCAAUUUUGACUCCAGUGAUUUACACUUAUCUUUGCAACUUGGUAAACUAGCCCUAGAAGAUAGUCUUGGAGCAUCCACCAGCACCCCAUGUAAGCGUCUGGAUCUCAGUAUAUCAGUCGAUAAUUGGGUAGAAACCACAGCAUGCUGUGAAAACACAGAAGAGAGAGACACAUUCAGUGACAUUGUUGCCAUCUCCAUUCCUCAUUCUGCAUCAACAACAUUAAGUGAGCAAUUCCUGGAAGAUGGAACAAUGCUGCCGACUGAUGAAAGAGGAGUGCUACUGAACUCUGAUACCUUUUAUUUUAUUUCUUCAAAGACUAGGAUCAAUUUCAUUGAAUCUCAGGCUAACGUAAUGAAAGAACAUAAUCCUGAACCAAAGGUGACCUAUGAUUCAAUAGGUGGACUCAAUAACCAGCUAAAAACCAUAAGAGAAAUGAUUGAACUUCCCUUGAAGAAUCCUGACCUGUUUAGAAGCUAUGGAAUCCCACCACCUAGAGGAGUGCUGCUGUAUGGCCCCCCAGGUACUGGGAAGACCCUGAUUGCCAGAGCAAUUGCAAAUGAGGUUGGAGCUCAUGUCACUACGAUUAAUGGUCCUGAAAUUAUAAGCAAGUUUUAUGGAGAGAGUGAAGCCAGAUUACGACAGAUAUUUUCAGAAGCUGCUUUAUGUCGACCAUCCAUUAUAUUUAUUGAUGAAAUUGAUGCACUCUGUCCCAAACGAGAAGGGGCACAGAAUGAAGUUGAGAAAAGAAUUGUAGCUUCAUUAUUAACAUUGAUGGAUGGCAUUGGAUCAGAAGGCAAUGAAGGGCAACUCUUGAUACUUGGAGCCACAAACCGGCCUCAUGCACUUGAUCCAGCUCUGCGCAGGCCUGGACGCUUUGAUAAGGAGAUAGAAAUUGGUAUUCCCAAUGCUCAUGACAGACUUGACAUCCUCCACAAGCUUCUUAAGAAGGUUCCUCAUUCGUUAUUGGCAACAGAGCUGAUUCAGUUGGCUGAUAGUGCCCAUGGCUAUGUAGGAGCAGACCUAGCGGCAUUAUGCAAGGAAGCUGGCUUGUAUGCUUUCCGGAGGGUUCUGGGGCAGCAAACUAACCCUGUAGAUGAUGAUGUUUCUGGAUCAGUGAUUAUCAGUAGCAAUGAUUUCCUGAAGGCCAUGAAUGAAGUCAGACCUAGUGCCAUGAGAGAAGUGGCUGUUGAUGUACCAAAAGUAUCCUGGUCUGACAUAGGAGGCCUGGAAGAUGUUAAACUAAAAUUGAAACAAGCAGUUGAGUGGCCACUUAAACAUCCUGAGUCUUUCAUUCGAAUGGGUAUUCAGCCCCCAAAAGGAGUGCUACUUUAUGGACCUCCUGGAUGCUCAAAAACAUUGAUAGCAAAAGCUUUAGCCCAUGAAAGUGGGUUGAAUUUCUUGACAGUGAAGGGACCUGAGUUAAUUAACAAAUACGUUGGGGAGUCAGAACGUGCAGUAAGAGAGAUCUUUCGGAAAGCCAGAGCUGUUGCACCUUCCAUAUUGUUCUUUGAUGAAAUAGAUGCCCUGGCUGUAGAGCGGGGGAGCUCUUCAAGUUCUGCAAAUGUGGCAGAUCGUGUCCUGGCACAGUUGCUGACAGAAAUGGAUGGCAUUGAACUGCUAAAGGAUGUGACCGUUUUGGCAGCUACAAACCGACCUGAUAUGAUAGACAAGGCUUUGAUGCGACCUGGUCGAAUUGACAGAAUCAUAUAUGUGCCUCUGCCUGAUGCUGCCACUCGUAGAGAAAUCUUUAAACUUCAGCUUUGCAAAAUGCCCAUCUCAGAUGAGAUCGACUUAGAUCAGCUUGUCCAACAAACGGAAAAUUACUCAGGAGCAGAGAUAACUGCUGUUUGUAGAGAAGCUGCACUUCUUGCCCUUCAGGAAGAUAUUCAGGCCACGACUAUUAUGGAUCAGCAUUUUCAACAAGCCUUGGCUAUUGUAACCCCUCGAAUUCCAUAUUCUCUACAGCAGUUCUAUGAAAAUUAUCAGCAGCAGAGUGGGUUGCAUUCACUUUGAAACAUGGAUCAAUAUAUCUAUAUUGUGGAGUGGGGAAUCCAGGAUGUCUUCUAAUUAUUUGAAGUGCAAACAGUUUAUUUUAAAAAAGGACAUUUUGGAUGGCAAACUAUUUUUUUAAAAUUAGAUGUUCGAAGUGAACUUCAGUGUAGGAGGUUUCCUAAUAAACAUGCUUAAAUAGCA